AGGUUUUCCAAUGGUUCUCUAACUGAUGUCAGCUCAUGAUGAAAUUCUGUUACCAACAUAAUAUUUGGCCAAGUUAAACUUUAAGCACCACUAACUACCAAUCAGCGAACGACGUUGAAUUGUCCGCUGAGAUUCAUGAACGUGAGUUCAUUGUUGUAUAGCGCUUAAUUCGUUUCAAAUGUGUGCCUUAACGAGGUUACAGUUGCAAUUCGAGGAGGAUAAUGUUUCCCAGUACUGCCUGGAUUUAGGGUUCCUUAGGAAGGAGAGAAUUUGUUCGUUUGGUGGUGUGAUGACUUUAAAAAGCUCUAGCAGGUCGACUGAUGGAUAUGUCCAUCGUUGUGCAAUUUGUUUGAGGCGACUUAGCAUUAGAAAAGGUAAGCUGAUAAUUUUAAUAUUUCGUAGGAACUUUUUUUGCAGGGUCGCAUCUCUCCUUAACGCAAAUUUUGUAUAUUUGCAACAACUGGGCCUUAAAACAGCCGGUGAGAACCACAGCUGCUGAAACCGAGAAUAGACUUUUCUCAACAGUUCAGUGGUAUCAGCACUGCAGAGACAUUGCAUCAUGGAAAAUGGAGAAAAUUACUUCGUUGUUGGGUGGAGAAGACAUCGUUGUGCACGUCGACGAAACUGUGUUGCUGAAGAAAAACUACAACCGCGGUCGUCAGCGAGCCUACAAUAUUUGGGUAAUUGGUUUAUACGACACCUCCCUCCGAAAAGGAUUCGUGGAAAGAAUAGCAGAUAGAAAGGCAACUACUCUAAUACCUAUUAUUACCAGACUUG